AUGUCUUCACUGGAAGGUUCUUCUUCACCAAAAAUGCCGGAUGAAUCCGAAUGUUUAUUAAAUGAAGAGAAAAGGUUUGUAUUUUUUCUUUUAAAAUUUUCCCUCCCUAUAUUCAAGAACAUUUUUUUUAGAUUCAAAUCACCUGAUCCUGCUCCUACACUCGAUGAGGAAGUUGAUAUUGCAAAACUUCCUUCAAUGCUCGAAGAUGAUCCGAAUGGAAAUGUUGUUGAAUGUGAUUUAGGUUUCCAAGCUCCUCGAUGGGGACCGCAACAUGCUGGAGCAAAGAAAUUGGCUUCAAUGUACUCGAAAGGUAAAUUGAAUUUUUUUCAAAAAAAAAAGAAAAGUAAAAAUUCAAAAAAACACGAACGCGGGUUUCUUCCAAGCGUGACCCACAUGUGUUUCCCACGUGCGCCUUUAAUAAAUACCGUGUUAUUAAUUUUUUCUUUUUCAGAAAAACGUCUUCAAGAAAUCGUCUCGUUAGUGUCAGCAAUUAUCCUAUUCAUAGGCGUAUUUGUAAAUUUAUUGAGAAGCUGGGAAUCUUCAAUAUGGAGUAAGUCAUUUUCAAAAAUCUUUUGUGAUUCAUUGAUUAUUCUCCAAUUUUCUAGUGUCAGUCUUGUUUUAUGCCGUUUUGGGUAUCAUGACAGCCGAUUUCUUAUCAGGACUCGUUCAUUGGGGAGCUGAUACGUUUGGAAGUGUUGAAACAUGGUUUGGGAGGGUCAGUUUGAACUAGAGUUUAGUUUCGUUGAAAUAGAAAGAAAAUUUGCAGGCAUUCAUUCGCUCGUUCCGGGAACAUCAUGUUGAUCCAACAGCAAUCACUCGACACGAUUUCAUUGAGGUAAUUGAAUUUUGGGAAUAAAAAUUUGCAUGGGGUGAUUGAUAAGAACAAGAAUCAGAAGAAUAAAAUAUUUAAUGGAACAGAGAAUGCAAUUUUGACUUACAAGAAACCUAGUAGAUCACUUCAUUUUAAAAUUUCGUGAAUUCCUCUGAAAAACAAAAAGUUUAAACAUAAAACAAUGAAGUUUGCUCUAUCGCACAAAUAAUUUAUUUAUUUUGAAUAUCCUUAAGAAAUCUCAGAUUUGUUUAAAGUUAUGUGUACAAUAGAGCACACUUGAUUGUCUAUGUGUUUCAUUUUAAUUUUUAAAGUAUUUCAGACAGAACUGCUCUCUAAAUUUUUAGACCCCUAAAAAUUUCAAAACACUCCUUUUCAAACCACAAAGUUUUUUUCCAGGCAAAUGGUGACAAUUUCAUGUUAUGUAUUGUUCCUUUAAUAGUAAUUAUGUAUCAACAAGUCACUUAUACAAAUGACAAACUUACUCAAUGGGCCUCUUUUCAUUGGUAUAUUCUUCUUCUCGGCAUCUAUGUUGCAUUAACAAAUCAAAUUCAUAAAUGGUCACACACUUAUUUCGGUCUUUCGAAGUUCGUCAUUUUCUUGCAAAAAGCUCACAUCAUUUUGCCACGUCAUCACCAUAAAAUUCAUCAUAUUUCACCACAUGCUUGCUAUUAUUGUAUUACAACUGGAUGGCUGAAUUUACCACUUGAAUACAUUGGUUCGUUUUUUUUCUCAAUUAUUUUUUUCACACAAAAUGAAAAAUUGCAGGAUUUUGGCGAAAAAUGGAAUGGGUUGUGACAAAAAUGACUGGAAUGCAACCACGUGAAGAUGAUUUGAUGUGGGCAACUAAAUUGAACUAAUUACUGAAGUAUUUUUUUCUAGGGACCAAGUCUCUUUAAAUAACAAAAUUGUGAUCUCUUUUCAUUUUUUCGCCGUCAUAUUGACAGAUUUUUUCUGAUUGACUGAGAUUUUUUUGGAAACUUUUUCUUCUUCUUCAUUUUUCUUUGUGAUAUUUUGAUAGUUUGUAUUAUUUUUUUCUUGUUCGACGGUUUUGAGUUAAUGAAUGAAUGCUUUAAAAUGUCGAUUCUUAUUUUUAUCAGACAGAAAUUCGAAUUUCCCUUAAAAAAUGCGAGUCAAUUUUCAGUCAAAGAAUUUUUCUAUAUCGGCUCGGAGAAAUGCUAAAUCAUUUUUUCCAACUGUCGGAACAAUUUUUAGCAUUUUUUAUUAUUAUCAGACUUUUUCUAGAUGUUUCCCAAACAUAAAACACAUACUUACUUACAUGUUCAUUUGAAAUGCAUUAUUUUUCAUUUCAUUUUCAAACUAUUUAUGUUGAUCUACUUUUUUCUUAUUCUUCCCGUUUUUUCGGAUAAAUUUUUAGUUUCUAAUGAAAUUUUAUCCAAUUUCACUAGAGCUUUACAAAUCAACAAAGCUGAGGAAUAUAACAAGAUUCUUGAUGAAAAUUUUGUAACAAAAGGAUGCGAUGGAAAAGAUGUUUUUGGUUUGGGACUCAUUUAUCAUCUAACAAAUAUAUCCAUCAAGUUUGUUGUUCGGGAAUUUGAAAUUAUUGACGUUGAAGAGAAACAUAAUUUGAUUUAUAAAAUAGUGGCUAACUUGAGUGGAGCAUCUAUCAAUGAAUAUAUCGUGAAAUUUAAUGAAGAUCAAAAACAAUAUCAACUCACAUCAGAAGUUCAUUCAAAUUGCAUAGAAAAUCAAUAUCUCACAAUGUUUAUUGAUAUCGAAAGAUUGAAGUAUGAAUUUAUAAAAAUAACAUUUGCCAAUUAUUGGGAAACACUUAUCACUCAAAAUCGAGAAGUCUUCAAAUCUUCGGUCACUAAGAAUUUCAACAUGACAGAUUGUUCUGGAAACUCAUAUAAUUCGGAUGAAUAUUUCGAGAAAAUCAAAAAUGGAAAUAUUAAAAUAUCGAAAGAUUGGAAAAUGAAAAAUGCUCGCCAAUACGUAAUUAUUGAAUUUGAUAUUGAAUCAUCGGAUUCUAUGAUUCACCAUUAUUUGUUGAAACAUGAUAGAAAAUCUAAUGGGGUGAGUCAAUUUUAUUUUUUGUCAAUUAAUUGACACAAAAAGUGAGUCAUUUUUGUGCAAUUUUUUCACGUUUUUGUCGAUUAAUUCCAUCUUUUUUUGCAAUUAAUUGCAUUCAAAAAUGAGGAAUUUCAAUAUGAAAUAGAAUUUAUUUGACCUCUUUUUUGAAACGUGUCCCAAAUUCACUGCUCAUUUUUUGGAUUCAUUUCGAAAUGAAAGAAAAUUGAGAGAAGACAAUUUUUUUUGUUGAUAAUUCCAACUCAUAUAGGUCACGUUUUAAAAUAUAGGUCAAAUAAAUUCUAUUUUUUAUGCAAUUAAUCGCAUUUUUUACCAAGAAAUGAAAGCAAUGAAUUGACAAAAACGUGAAAUUAAUCGCCUUAAAAGACUCACUUUUUUUGUCAAUUAAUCGCAAAAAACACGUCGAUUAAUUCGAUUGACUCACCCCAUAAUAGUUUUCUAGUUGAUUCGGUUAAAAUGGGGAAUUGUUCAAUGA